AUGGGUUCCUUGGACCACACCAUUCACUCAAAGGUGGAUGCGAUCGUUGUUGGUGCGGGGUUUGGCGGGAUUUACAUGUGUAAGAAGUUGGUUGACCAGGGUCUCUCGGUCAGAUUGAUAGAGGCCGCAUCUGAUAUUGGCGGUACUUGGUAUUGGAACCGAUAUCCUGGAGCCAUGAGCGACACCAACUCCCACUUGUAUCGCUACUCAUGGGACAAGGAGGAUCUCCUGAAGUAUCCAUGGUCGCGCACCUAUCUUCGUCAGCCUGAAAUCCUGAAGUACUUGGAGCACGUUGUUGAACGCCACAACCUUCGUCAGCACAUGCAGUUCAAUACGAUGAUGACCGGCGCGGAAUGGAACCCCGAGACCAACACAUGGACCGUCCAGACCAGUACCGGUCCAAACCUGGAGGCCAAUUAUCUGGUCACAGGAGUUGGCCUGCUCUCGAAGCAGAACUUCCCGGUUUAUCCAGGUAUCGAUAAAUACAAGGGCAAGCUCUACCACAGUGGGGCAUGGCCCAAGCAGUAUGACUUCAAGGGAAAGCGUGUUGGAGUUCUCGGAAACGGGUCCACGGGUGUUCAGAUCAUCACCGACAUCGCCGAUUAUGUCAAACAGCUGGUCUGCUUCCAACGCACACCUCAAUACGUCGUUCCAUCGGGAGAUAAGGUUGCCACACCCGAGCAUCGUGCCGAAGUCAAUGCGAAUUACGAUGCGAUCUGGAAGCAGGCUAAGGAGAGUGCUUUUGCCUUCGGCUUCGAGGAAAGCACCACACCUCUAAUGAGCGUGAGCAAGGAAGAACGCGAAAGAGUGUUUGAAGACGCAUGGCAGAAAGGGAAUGGAUUCCGGUUCAUGUUUGGCACGUUCUCUGACAUCGUGACCAGUGAAGAGGCGAACGAGGAAGCUGCCAAGUUCAUCCGCAGCAAGAUUCGGGGCAAAGUCAACGAUCCAGAGAAGGCUCGCAAGUUGACACCAACCGAUUUCUACGCAAGACGUCCUCUGUGCGACGCUGGGUAUUACGAGAAAUUCAACUAUGACCAUGUCGAUAUCGUUGAUCUCAAGGAAGCUCCCAUCACAGAAUUCACCGAAAAAGGCAUCAAGACUGCUGAUGGGAUUGAGCACGAGCUCGAUGCGAUAGUCUUUGCCACAGGCUUUGAUGCCGUUGAUGGUAAUUACACUAGCAUUUCUAUCAAGGGAAAGAAUGAUGAGACCCUGAAGCAGCGUUGGGCCGAUGGUGCGACCUCGUACCUUGGACUUUCUGUUCCCGACUUCCCCAAUCUGUUUAUGAUCCUGGGUCCCAACGGGCCCUUUACAAACCUGCCACCCAGCAUCGAGACACAGGUUGAAUUCAUUGAAGAGCUGAUUGCGCGUAGCUUUGGGUCAUCUGCAGAAACUGGCAGCAAUCGCGUCAUCGAAACGACUACUAAGGCCGAACAUGAUUGGACAGAGAUGUGCGAUAAUAUCAGCAAGGAUAGUCUAUUUCGAAAGGCCGAUUCCUGGAUCUUUGGUGCCAAUGUCCCAGGAAAGAAGAAAUCGGUCCUCUUUUACUUCGGAGGAUUAGGACAGUAUCGCCAAGUUCUUGACGCUGAGGUCAAGAGUGGAUACAAGGGAUACCAUUUUUACUAA